CGCAGAAAUAUGAUCAGGCGUCUCGGAGCCACCCUGAAAGGGGGCCUUCGGACCGGUCAUGCGGGAAGACAGUUGGCGUAGUUGCCGGGCAACCACCGUGGUGGGGAGAAGAACGCGCUGAGCUGUCUUCCGGUUCUAGCAUAUCAGGGAUCCCCAAAGAAAACAAGGGGACCAACGCCAGGGUCGCGAGGGUGAGGGACUGGAGGCUGAGUAAUAGGAAAGGAAGAGCUGUUCUAUUCAUUCGAUGACAGGAAAGGCCUCAGAACUGGAUAGAAAGCCACACAAGGUGUCGGGCUUAUAGUCUCAGCUACUUAGGAGGCUAAACCAGGAAGAUAAAAAAAACAAACAACAACAGCAACAAAAACCUGGCCAGGAACGGGAUACCUAGAUUCAGUUGCUGACCAACCCAACUCCCUUCUCAGCAUUCAGCUUCUCCACGUCGAGGUGGGGGUCAAGGUGGUCAUGGGGUUGAUUGUAGACCUCCUGCUUUCCUGCUCUAGUGCUGUUCCUGGGUGAACCACAAAAUCUAGCUCAACUUACCAGGAAUGUGAAGCUCAGGAAGGUCUCACAAGUAAAUGCCAGAGCCCAGACUGGAACCCAUCUGGAAGAUUUUCUUGUAGAAAAGGACAGUUAGACUCUGCCCUGAGACUACAAAAGUACAACGGCAGAACUAAAGACUUUUCCCAUGUACUUAGACAUCUGUGCCUCCAGCCUUGGGUUGGACAGAGAGAUUUGGGGAUGGAGAUUAUUGAGCUCCUUCUUCUGAUACUUCAGUUUCCUGUUCAUUCAUUGCUUCUGGAACAGGCCAUGGAAAGGAAUGAUGUUAUUGACUUCAAAGCUUUGGAGAAAGAGCUGCAGGAUGCGCUCGCUGCUGAUGAGAAGUACAAACGAGAGAAUGCUGCCAAGCUACGGGCAGUGGAACAGAGGGUGCCUUCCUAUGAGGAGUUCAGGAGUAUUGUCCUUGCAUCACAUCUGAAGCCUCUGGAGCGGAAGGACAAGAUGGGAGGAAAGAGAACUGUGCCCUGGAAUUGUCACUCUACUCAAGGGCAGCCUUCCCAAGAUGUGGCCACCGAAAUCUCCCAGGAGAAAGUCCUCUUCCAGCCUGAGACCUCAGCAGAAUUCUACCGAGAUUGGCGACGACACUUGCAGAGUGGACCAGAGCGCUACCAGGCCCUGCUGCAGCUUGGAGGUCCCAAACUGGGUCACCUCUUCCAGACAGAUGUGGGGUUUGGACUUCUAGGGGAGCUGCUCAUGAUACUGAAUGAUCAUGUGAGGCCAGCUGAUAGGAUGACAGUGCUGGGGGUCCUUCGCAGCCUGGCCGGCACGGGACGCUUUACCCUGAACCUGAGCCUCCUGAGCCAUGCUGAGCAAGAGGGUUGCCGAGGCUUGUUUCAGAAGCUGCAGGCCAUGGCUACCCCCAGAUCUUUGCAGGAGGGGGGCUGUCCAGACAAACAGGUUGUGGAGGAACAAGAUGGUGGGCUCCAGGAGGAGGAGGGGCUCCUGCAGGAGCUAUUAGAGCUGUACCAGAUUCACUGAUAGGACUGGCUGCCCUCAGAGUCCCUCUCAGAAGACCACCCUGACCUGCUUUCCUGAUGUUUGACAGUGCUGCCUCCCUGGCUGACGUGAGCUUCAAUGAUCAUCAGAGACAUUUUUUUGGUGGUUGUCUUGGGGUUUCUGCAGGACUAUAAUGAGAAACCCACAUCUACUUCUCUUCUCAGCUUGGAAUUUUCAGAGAAAAAACUUGAAUCAAGUCUCUCUAACUUUUCCAGUCACUGUAUCUAUCUUUUGAACUGUGUGAAUCCACAGGACAGAAAAGGGUCCAGGAGGUUGAAAUCAGUUUUGCUUCCCACCCUUUUUGAGUCUAACCCACUGGCCAUGAGAGAUGGAUGUGUUUCCAACCAAAUUCGGGUGAUACCAGGUACAGCCUCCACUCAGAAAAAGAAAAAAGCAAACUUGUUAAUCUUUCAUGGCAAAUAAACACUGAUACUCAUAAUUCUUUAA